AUGUGGACCCAUGUGGGGUCUGGAACUAUCUGGGAGGAGAACCAGAUGAGCCCUAUGACUGUUGGAGGCCUGGACAUUGAUGGUAAAUGUGAACCUAUAUGCAUAAAUAUUGCCUCAGUCCAUGCAUUUUUGUUUUACCUUACAGAAUCGGAAGGCGGUGUUAUUACAACUCAUCACCAUGCUUAUUACCUCUUCAGCAGUAAUGCAGCCCACCGUGAUACCCAGAGAAUAUAUAACAGCCUGGAUUAUGUUGAAAACAAGACUACCGUCUUCCACGCCAGCUUCCUAAAAACCAGUGCCAGAUCUAAAGCUAAUCAUCUGUUGGCCCUUGGACAUUUUAUCCUCCCUCCAGCUUGUCUUCAGGAAGAAAUCAGAAGAAAAAUUGGCAGCUUUAUCUGGGAGCAGGAUGAUACGCUACAGAAGAAUCAGGUCAGUAUAGAACUAAAGAGUCUUAUAACAGAAAGUUGUAACGUCCUUGCCUGCCGCGAGCCAUCUGCGUUCCAACGUGGAAUGCAUCGGCCGCGUCACGCAGGCCGCUUCCCUCUCAGAGGGGGAGGUUCCCUGCUCUCCACCGUGGUUCGCGGAAGUGACGUCACGGCCGCAAAAGAAGCUCCAUUCAUUUUAGUGAAUGAGGGGGAAAUGUGCUGGAAAGUGAAGGAAGCCGGUCACAUGAUGAAGAAGGACUUGACAUCUGAUAGUGGAUCCUCUGAUGAUGGGAUACAACAUACCCUUCAGAAUUAUCCGGGAAAUAAUAUUCAGACAGGUUAUAUUUCCAUUGAUCAGCUGAAGAAAUUCCCAGGAGAGCUGCAUGAUUUUAGACCUGACUCUUCAGAAUAUUUAGUUUUUUGUGUUAAAGCUCCAAGUUACAAAUGUUAA